AUGAGUUUCAAGAAUGCAUUUCAACCAAUUAUUAAUAAUCCAGAAAAGCAUGAUUCAGUACUAUAUUAUGACGAAAAUGUAAUUAUUAUUAAAGAUAUGUUUCCUAAAUCUGUUAGACAUUUAUUGGUCAUUCCGCGUCAUCAACAAGUAACUAAAAAACAUCCUUUAGAUGUAUUUAACGCAUUUUAUAAUGAUUUUACAGGAGAAGAAUUAUAUGAAAUGAUUGAAAAAUAUGUUGAACAAGCUAAAGAUUUAAUUAUUGACAACCUUAAGGAGAAAUUAGACAUGAAAGAUGAAAUUAUUUUACAAGAUUUUAAAACAAAUUUCAUAAAAGCUGGGGUACAUUCAAUACCAUCAUUAGAUAAUUUUCAUAUUCAUGUCAUUACACAAGAUUUUAAUUCACCAAGAAUGAAAAAUAAAAAACAUUAUAAUUCAUUUACUACAAAAUUCUUUGUACCAUUUGAUCAAUUAAAUCCUUUAUAUAAUGAAAAAUAUUAUCAAUUAACCAACAAAGAUAAUGAAAGUUAUGAUUCACAAUCUGACGUUUCUUCAUCAUCUUCGGAAACUGAAAAACCAGAUUUUAUAAGACUUAUUAGAUCCAAACCAGUGCUAGAAAAUUUAAUUAAAUCAACAUCAUUUAAAUGCACAAGUUGUAAUAAAACGUUUGGCAAUUCCGUUAUUAAAUUGAAAGAUCAUUUAAAUGAAGAAUUUGAAAAGAAAUUUAGUACGUUGGGAGACACUAAAUUGAUUAAAAUUAAUGAUAUAUAA